AUGGCCAUCUCAGUGGAGGAUGUCACCAAAGUACCCUUCUACAAUUUCCAUGACCCUAUCCCAUCACCACCACCACCCUCCUUCACACAAUAUCCAGAGCCAGCUGCAGUUCCACCACCACCACCACCAAAACCAAACCUCUUCUUAACUCUUCCCCCGGAACUCCGUCUCCUCAUCUACACCCACCUCCUAACCAAUCGUCACCACAACCACCACCGCCGAACCCUCUCCGUCGCUGACAACAUCACCAAUGCACCACCCUCAACCCAGUACCCAAUCCACCUCCACCACCACCACCACAACAACAAAACCAACAACCUCCACCCCUCAAUCCUCCUAACCUGCAAACAAAUCCACGCCGAAGCCCUCCCCAUCCUCUACACGCACAACACCUUCUCAACAACGCACCCAACCCAACUCCACCACCACCUCACCUCCAUCGGACCGCUCAACACCUCGCUCCUCCGCUCCCUCCACAUCUUCGUUCCCUGGAGUAACUCCAGCUCCACCAUCUGGUCGUGGAUCGUCCUCCUCCACGACCUAUCCGAGCACGCGACCGGUCUAAGAUAUCUCGAGAUAGGAUGGGAUACGAACAUCCCCUGGCUCACGCACAUGGAACCGGGCGAUGAGGCAAGAGGCCUCGGGGAUAAUAUUCUCUUUGUGCAUGCGUUGGCGAGGCUGAGGCAGUUGCGGAGAUUGAAGAUCUAUGGGUUCUUUGGGGUGGAGUGGCCGGGGUAUUUGAGGAGGGAGUUGGGAGGUGGUGGGACGGUCGUGGAGGUUGAGUGUGGGUUGGUUAGGUCGGUGGUGUUGGAGGGGGGAGGAGAUGAGGUGGGUAGUGGUAGGGGAGGGCCUUUGGAGAAGGAGGAGGAGAAUUUGAAGGCUUUUAGGCUGUUUCAAAGGGGGACGGUGGGGGUUGUGCCGUAG